AUGUUUUCCUCGUGGGAUUUAGUGCGUCCAACGCUAUGGCACCCUAUGUCGAUGCUGGAAUUGUCCAUGAUGGACACCAAUACGAUGCCACAAUUGUCGACGAGCAUGCACAACGUGCCUGGUGUUAGCACGGACGAGGAGUUUUUCAAGGAUUUGUCGCCAACGGAACAGCAAAAGGAGACUCCGGAGGCUGACAACAAGCGUGCUUUCUCUUCGUAUUCGUUCAGUAGCUCGUCUGUUGUGGAUGAAAAGGGGCGUAAAGUCAUGAGUACGCGUCGACGCUACGAAGACUCGACAGGUCGCCUGAAAGCUGAGCACGAGCGUGAGGUGGUGGGCAAACGCUUGAAGACGGUGUGGAACCGAAAGAACGACAAGGACGAGGGUGAACACCACACGAUUUGUUCUCAAAGCACGCCAGAAGAGUUUGAAAAACUAUGGAGCGAAACGCCGUUUGGUAAGGCCCAGGAGAAGAAAAGUAAGGAAUUGAAGGAAUCGGUGGCAAGCAAAUCCCCAUAA